GGCGAACGAUGCUCAUGGACCGAUACUCUUGUACAUUACUCUCCUGUUGUUGAAGCUCGUCGACGUGUCAUAAAUCUUCUGCAGACAAGUUUAUUAGCGCUGGUUAUACUGUGCUGUCCAAACAACUCUCUUGAGCAGUAUUGCAGCGCGGGUCGUUAGAACUGAUCCGGCAGAUCAUUCCACUCGAUAUCCAAGAUGUCUGCUUUCCGCGCACCCCCUCGGAAGGGUGAGAACUUCGAGCUCAGCGCAGACCUCAACAGUGAGUACAAGGAGAAACGGAAGGAUGCCAUCAAGAAGGUCAUUGCUAAUAUGACGGUGCAGAAGGAUGUCAGCGGGCUGUUUCCUGACGUGCUUAAGAACAUGCAGACGGAUGACCUAGAGCAGAAGAAGCUCGUCUAUCUGUACCUUAUGAACUACGCCAAGACACAACCCGAGCUGGUAAUCCUCGCCGUCAACACCUUCGUCAAGGACACCGACGACCCGAAUCCUCUCGUCCGCGCGCUCGCCAUCAGGACCAUGGGCUGUCUCCGUGCGGAGAAGAUCAUCGAUUACCUCUGUGAUCCACUACAGAAAUGCCUCCGCGACGAUAACCCAUAUGUUCGCAAGACCGCUGCACUCUGCGUCGCGAAGUUGUACGAUCUGAGGCCGGAGCUGGUGAUCGAGAACGGGUUCCUGGAGACGUUGCAGGAGAUGAUUGCCGAUAGCAAUCCCAUGGUCGUCGCCAAUACAGUUGCCGCUCUGUCAGAUAUCCACAUCGCUGCAACGGCUGCCGGAACCACAUCAGACACGUUCCACAUCACCUCUACCAUACUGAACAAACUUCUCGUCGCGCUCAACGAGUGUUCGGAGUGGGGACGCGUGGCGAUUCUCAAUGCGUUAGCGCGGUAUGAGACGGAGGAUGAUAAGGAGAGCGAGCACAUCUGCGAACGUGUUGUGCCCCAGUUCCAACACGCGAAUGCGGGUGUGGUACUUGCUGCUGUAAAGGUCGUCAUGAUCCACAUGCGCCAUGUUCGCUCGGAAAGUCUCACCAAGCAGUUCAUUCGAAAGAUGGCACCUCCAUUAGUAACGAUGCUCUCGAAUCCUCCAGAAGUGCAAUGGGUUGCGCUCAGAAAUAUCAAUCUAUUGCUGCAAAAACGGCCAGACAUUCUCUCAAAUGAGAUGCGAGUUUUCUUUUGCAAGUAUAACGAUCCACUGUAUGUGAAGGUGGAGAAGCUCGAUAUCAUGGUGCGGCUUGCCGGAGAGAGCAAUGUGGAUGCACUCUUGAGCGAAUUGAAAGAGUAUGCAUCAGAGGUGGACGUUGACUUUGUGCGGAGAAGUAUCAAGGCGAUUGGUCAAACAGCAAUCAAGAUCGACGAAGCUGCCGAACGAUGCGUGAAUGUGCUUCUGGAUCUCAUUGGUACUCGAGUGAGCUACGUCGUGCAGGAGGCGGUGGUAGUUAUGAAGGACAUCUUCCGAAAAUACCCAUCGACAUACGAGGGCGUUAUCCCAACUCUAUGCGCCAAUCUCGAUGAGCUGGAUGAGCCAGAAGCGAAGGCAUCUCUCAUCUGGAUCAUCGGAGAGUAUGCGAACAAGAUCGACAAUGCAGACGAGCUGCUUGGCAUCUUUGUGGACUCGUUCACCGAGGAGUCCUACCCUGUACAACUACAAACAUUGACAGCCGUGGUCAAGCUGUUCCUGCAGAAACCUGAUGGGUCGCAAGGUCUCGUGCAGCGGGUGCUCAAUACAGCAACCAAGGAUUGUGACUCUCCAGAUGUGCGAGAUCGUGCUUACAUCUAUUGGCGGCUGCUAUCGACGGAUCCAGGUGCAGCGAAGGCCGUUGUCCUUGCACAUCGGCCCCCGAUUUCCCUGCCUCGGACUACAGUGUCCCCGCAACUACUGGAAGAGCUGCUUGGAGAGAUUUCCAGCCUUGCAAGCGUCUACCACAAGCCUGCAGAGACAUUCGUUGGGCGAGGACGAGUGGGCGUCGACGCUGUUCAGCGGAAGGGUGCAGAUAGGCUCGUUGAUGACCGGAUGGCUGCCCAAAAGGCCCUGCAGACCGUCGCAGCAGGCCAGCAAUCUGAGAACCUGCUCGAUCUCUCCGAUAACGACGGAACCGAGGACGGGCAGCAGCCUUCCGGCCUUGCGGCGACGACGGUUCUGGCUGCACCAGCGGCAGAGAACAUCUUGUCGGGCACGUCGAGCAAUCCGCUCGACGACCUCGUGUCAAUCUUCGGCAGCGUGAGCGUGAACGCACCUACCCCUCAGACAACGCAGAACAUAGACCCGCUGGGUGGGCUGGCGUUCAAAGCGUCGCCUGUACCUGCGUCGACGCCAGCCGCGCCACAGACGAAAUCGCCACCAAUGCAGCAAUCGCAGCAGGAUGAUCUGUUAGGGUUGUUCUGAGUUCUGAGUUGCGGUCGAUGUGUACAGAUUGUCUCUGGGAUUGGAGACGAUGUUAUGUUCGAUGCGCCAUAUGCGUGUUGUUGCUUUGUCAAAGAAUGGAAUGUAAGUACUGCCCUCACCAGUGUGCCGUUCAAACCGUACAAGGCCUAC